GACAUGUAAGCAUCUCCCAACCCCUACCUGUUUGCAGAGUUGCACGUCAUUCAUAUAAGCAUUGAUGGAUGUAGGCUACAGUGGAGCCCUGUACUUCUGCAUAUGGCAGGGGGUUAAGGACAGGGCUGCCUUGCACCCACCAACUGGAGACACAUAUUGCAACCAGACCUUGGACACUGCUCACUGUGGAUUUGCUGUGGAUCCAUAGGAAUCUUUAACAAAUUUGGUGGACCUGCAAGACUGCAAAGAAACUGUUUUGAGACAACGUAUUCUAAUUAAUCAGACUGUAAAACCAUUACCCCCCCACACACUGAUUACACUUUUGAUUAUCCCAAUAAGAUCCUUAAAAAACAAACAAUAAUUAUCUGCUGCCAAGAUCCAAAUAAAACAGAUGGCUAUCUUCUACUCUUGAUACUGCUGAAAUGUCAAUGAAAUAUAUAUGGUGUGCUUUAUGACUUACUUGGCAGCCUUACUGACAACCUAGUAUAUUGGUGGGGGACAUGAGAAAACUUGGCUACACUAGAAAGACUAGGAAACAGACAAUACACAGGACAAAAUCAGUUAUCAUUCUCAGUUUUUUUCAUUCUCUUUCUCAAGAUAAUAUCAUAAUAUGCAGAAAUGGGAACCAAGACACAUAUUUCUAAUGUGAAAUUACUUAUUUUUGGUAUAUGCUUUCUUUUCAUUAAUCAGUUCAAAUAAAGCCGUUUUGUGCUUAUUUGUGUAAAGUUUAAAUAAUGUGAAAGUAACUGUACUGGUAGUCAGAGCAUAUAAUCCAAAGCCAUUCUUGCAUCUACUUUUUUACAGACUUGUAUGGUUUCCUAUUUUAUGACAUUCCAUAUACUCUGUUUCUUUAACAGAAAAACGUUUUUUUGUCACUUUAUGCCUCAGGUGAGUGAUCUGCAAAGUUUUAAGUUUAUUUGCUUUAACAUAUAUGGCUCUGGCAUUCCUCCCGUAUGCAGAGUUAUUUUUGCCCAGAAGGGAUAUCAUUUUUUCCUCCCACAUUCUUUGUUGUAAGUGUGAGGUAGUGGUCCAGAGUGGGGAAUGUUACAUCCUAACUCCAGGCAGGGCUGUGUGAACACAUGUAAGGAAAGAGAAUUCAACUCCUCCUCUCAGCUUAUAACUUUCCACACUUAGCCAUUUAAUAUCACUGCAGCUAAAGGCUUCACAACACCUCGUGCCUGCUGGAUUUACAAUCACCAAACAUCAGUUUGGUAAUUUAUCUCAUCUUCCAUAAAGACCCACAGCUGCAUAUGUGACAAGCACAGCAGAGACAAAUACAGAGGAAUCCAAAUUUUACUGGAAUAUAAACACUGAUUACAGCAUGACAUAUGUAGGUUUUGGAAACUAAGGACAGAAGACUCUAAUACUAGUGACGAGAGUGUAAGAGAUGAAUUUAUUGUCAUGCUUGUGGAGUUUCACUGUAACUGCACUUUUAACAGAAUGGACAGUGUGUGCUCAACCAGAAGAGUGCAGAUCAGCAGAAAAGGCAGACAUCUUAUUUUUGGUGGAUGAAUCUUGGAGUGUUGGAGAAGGAAAUUUUCAACUGAUUAAAGACUUUAUCAGAAGUAUAAUGAGAUCAUUUCAGAACACAGAGAUACUUGGAAAAGAAGGAUUGCGUUUUGGAGUAGCUGUUUAUGGAGACAUUGUUAGGAUGAGCAUUGAGCUAUCAGACUAUGAAAACACAAAAGAAAUAUUACUGGCUCUCCAAAAUAUUGUAUAUAAAGGAGGUAACACAAAGACUGGAGAGGCUCUUGCUUUCCUUGCAGAAAGAGUAUUUAAUCCCUCAAUUUCCAGAGAAGAUGCAGCUAAGAUAGUCUUGCUUCUAACAGAUGGAAAAUCUGGUGAUUUAGUGGAAGAGAAAGCAAAACUAUUGCAGGACAGAGGUGUUACAAUCUUUACAAUUGGUAUUAAAAAUGCAGACCGGAGUGAGCUGAUGAAAAUUGCAUCUGAACCAACUGAUGAACAUGUUAUACUAGUGAAUGAUUUCUGGUUUCUAAACAAUUUUCUGCCCAAAAUUUCCCGGAGAAUAUGUUUUGCUGCUUCUGAGCCACCAAGGCCACUCAGACAAAUUGUGGAAGCAGAAAAAGUAAUUGGCCCUAAAGAUCUGAUUAUAAGUGAGGAAAGUUACAACUCUUUGCGUCUCACUUGGACUGCAGCCACAGGAGAUGCUACUGGAUAUCAAGUUGUCUUGAAUUCCCUUACAGAUUCAGGGCAUCUUAAUUCCCAUGACCAAAAGCAGAUUGUUGUGGACAAGGACAAGCAUACUAUUAUUGUGUCGGAUCUAAGGCCAAACACAGAAUAUUUAUUUACAGUACUUGCUCUCUACUCUAAUUUCAUAGGGGAUUCAGCCACAAUUCGUGGAAGGACAACUCCUAUUCCACCUGUGACAAAUUUUCGAGUCAUUGAAGAGGGACUUUUUAGCUUAAAGCUGGCCUGGACUCCUUCUCUGGGGAAACUGGAUGGUUAUAAGAUCUUUAUUCCAAGAUCCAACAGACCUGGAUUAACAUAUGAACAGAUUGUGAGUGGAGAUGUCUUCUCACACACUAUUGACAAUCUAGAGGAAGAUAAAGAAUACACUGUCAGUAUAUAUGCUGUAUAUCCAGAAGGACCCAGUAACCCUGUCUCAGCAGUUGGACACACAUUAAAGCUGCUUGCUGUGAAAAGCCUCUCCCUGCAGAACAUCACAACAGGCACUAUACGAGCACAAUGGACUACAGUACAUGGAGCAACUGGGUAUCGACUGACUUGGUCCUCUGCAGAGGGCAAUGACCAAAAUGUUAACCUAGCUGAUAGCUAUUCCCAGUAUAUGAUACAAGGGCUUCAGGCGGACACCGAGUACACAGUGACGAUUAAUCCUAUCUUUGUGGACAUAGAGGGUCCUGUUGUAACAGCAAAAGCUACAACCUUGGCAUCUAGUGCAGUACAAAGUCUUAAAAUAAGUGCAGUAACUAUAAGCACUGCAGUGGUGUCAUGGAAUGCUGUGCCAGGAGCUACAGGAUACAGACUUGCAUGGGGUCCCACACCAGAAUUUAUUGGUAAGGACCGUCCUCGCCAGCUAGCCCUCAAUAGUUCAAUCACAACCUACCAACUGAAACACCUUGUUCACAAUACGGAAUAUGUCCUUUCAUUAUAUGUACUCUUUGGCUCUGUCGUAGGGCCUGGAAUUUCAACCACACUCAGGACAUCUCCACUUGGAUAUGUUUCUAACUUUAAGGUGACAGGAUAUACGAGUACCUCUAUCUCGCUUGCUUGGAGUUACACUAUUGGAGCUACUGAAUAUAAAAUUUCCUGGAGCACCACAACAUCAGGUUUGCCACUGAACACUCCUAAAAGUCAUUAUCUGGCGUCCGGUGUCAGGUCCUAUCACAUCACAAAUUUGUACCCAAACACAAAGUACACUGUGAAUGUUCAGGCAGUAUAUAAUAACUUUGAAGGGCCGCCAAGCACUCUAAUUCAAACCACAGACUCAAAUCCUGUGCAGCUACUGCCUGUGAAAGAUCUGCAGAUCAUUGAUACUGGAGUCAAUAUGCUGAAACUGUCUUGGAAGAAAACACCUGGAAUAACACAUUAUAAGAUCUCAUGGACACCAUUUGAUGGUGGUGCAAGAAACUCUAAGAUUGUCUCUGCUGGUACGUCAUUUUUCACAAUCCCUGACCUUAAGGAGAGUUCCACUUACAGCAUCUAUGUAUCCUCGAUAAUCGGGAAUCGGGAAGGAAGUUCAGUGGUUCUUACUGCAAAAACAUUGGAUUUGCCAAAAGUAGAAUCUUUUGAAGUCAAAGAGACCACAGAGGACAGUGUUUUAUUAAGCUGGACUGGAGUCACUGGAGCAUCUUCAUAUAUUUUAACAUGGAGGAUGGCUUCAGACCCAGAAUCCUCCGUGGAGCAGUUAGCUCCAACAUAUAGAUCUUUCCGGCUCAUGAAUUUGGAGAAUGGAAAGUCAUAUAUUUUUGCAAUAAAGCCUCUUUUUGGAGAGAUGGAAGGGCCUGAGAGAACAAUCACACACACAAUCGUUGGACCCCCCAAAAAACAGAUCUACCCUUCCCCUACCCUUCAAAUACCUGUUCCAACACCUCAAAGGACCCUAACAACACAAGUUAUCAACCACCCUCCCAUAGUCACCACAACUGAAGCUGCAAAAUCCACAAGCACUGUCUCACAUGGUUCUUCCACAACUACUUCUGAACCCAUUUGUGCAAAACUGAAAGCUGACAUAGUAUUUCUGGUUGAUGAGUCCUCCAGCAUUGGCCCAUCCAAUUUUAUUAAGGUUAAGGAUUUCCUCUACAGAAUUGUCUCUUACUUUCCCAAAAUUGGACCUCAAGGAACACAGAUUGCUAUUGUUCAGUACAGCGAAGAACCCAGAACAGAAUUCCACUUGAAUGAGUAUAAGGAGAGAAAUUCUGUUUUGAAAGCAAUCAGAGCUCUACAGUAUUAUGGAGGCAACACCAAGACUGGUCGUGGUAUAGGACAUGCACUGAAGGAAAUGUUUCAGGUUUCCAAAGGGAUGAGACCAUCUGCUCCACAUAUACUUGUGCUAAUAACUGACGGAAGGUCUCAGGAUAAUGUAAUACAGCCAGCCAAAGUAGCUCAUGUAUUAGGCAUUCGUAUGAUUGCAGUCGGUGUGGCUGGGGCAGAUAUGGAUGAACUGAAAGGAAUGAUGAUGAACCGUAAUUUAGAAAACAUCUUCUUUGCCAGUACAUUUGAUGAUUUUCCUCUAAUUGUACAAGAUCUGAUAGAUGCUAUUUGCACUGAAACCGAACAUGCAGUUAAAGAAGAACCUACUAAGUUCAGAGCACCAGAUAAAGAAGAGGAGCCAGAAAGACCAAAACCUCCUCCUGGGAAUCGAGAGGGACCCUGUGGAAAUACCAUGUGCCCAACGGGGCAAAAGGGACAAAAGGGAGAAAAGGGUCCACCGGGAGAUUCAGUUUUCACAGGUUUACAGACUGGUGGCUUUGACCCUUUUGAUUUGAAUUCAAAAGGAGAAAAAGGAGAGAGAGGUCUUCCUGGACAAGAUGGUGUUCCUGGCCUUCCAGGACGUCCUGGUCGAACUGGGCCCCCAGGGCCACCUGGCCUUAUGGGACAAAAAGGAUUUCAAGGCGAUAUUGGCCCCCAAGGAUAUCCAGGUCAGCCAGGUCCCAAAGGAGACAGGGGAGAACCAGGCUAUAUACUAGGAGGAGUUGAUGGAAUGGCUGGUCUAAGUGCAAUACCUGGGUCUCCUGGACCCAAAGGACAGCCUGGGGUUCCAGGGCUACCAGGACCACCUGGACUUCCAGGAUUUCCUGGACCUCAGGGACCUCCAGGAACUUCUAUAAAGGGGGAACCUGGUGAAACAGGGAGCCAGGGUCCUCGUGGAAAAAGUGGACCAAAAGGAGAUAAAGGAGACCAGGGGGAUGCAGGAAGAGCUGGCUUACCUGGCCCAAUUGGGCUUGAUGGCUCUCCAGGAAUUCAUGGAAUUAAAGGAGACAAGGGGGAGGCUGGUAUUGGAAUCCCUGGAUUACCUGGUUUAAAGGGUAUAACAGGUGAAAAGGGUGUCAUUGGACUUCCUGGCCCUCAAGGACAGAAGGGUACUCAAGGAAUACAAGGUGUAGAAGGUGUCGCAGGUUUAAGGGGUAAAAAAGGUCAAGAUGGUGAAAAGGGUGAAAAGGGAGAACAUGGUGCUAUGGGAAUGACUGGUCCUCCUGGAAUAGCUGGUCUCUCUGGACCAAUGGGGCAAAAGGGGGAUCAGGGGUUGCAAGGUUUUCCUGGCGCUCCUGCUAUGGGGGUAAUUGGGCCUUCUGGUAAAAAAGGUGCCAGAGGUGAUAUUGGACCAGUUGGGCCAAUUGGACCUAAAGGCAUUAUGGGAAGUCAAGGAGAUAAAGGAAUUAAGGGAGAACCAGGAUAUGGUAUACCUGGGCAGCCUGGAUUAAAGGGAGAUCCAGGUGACAGAGGAAACAUAGGAUUAUCUGGAAAACCAGGUCCCAAAGGAGAUUUUGGAGACAAAGGACAGAAGGGUGAGCCUGGAAACUUUGGUGCCCUAGGACAGUCUGGACUAAGAGGUAAAGAUGGUGAACCAGGACUAAAUGGGGACAAAGGCGAGAAGGGAGACGCAGGUGUCCCCGGAGAACCAGGGGAAAAGGGACAAAGGGGCUCUGUUGGACUGCCUGGCCGGAUUGGUGAUACUGGAAUAAAAGGAGAUAUGGGGCCACCUGGAAGAGAUGGCAUAGAUAGUAAAAAAGGUGAUAAAGGAGAAGCCGGGCAGCCAGGAACACCUGGGGCAAUGGUGACUCAAAUAGACAAAAGUGUGCUUGUCAAAGGAGAAAAGGGAGAACCCGGAGAGGUGGGAGAUCCAGGAGAAUCGGGUUUUAAAGGAGAAAAAGGAGACACGGGGCUACCAGGGCCCAGAGGACCUGAAGGCCGUCCAGGACCACCUGGUGCUUCACCGUUGGAGUCCGCUUCUGAGAAAGGAAUGAAAGGGGAAAAGGGAAGCCCAGGUUCUUCUGGAAAAAAUGGCCUUGAUGGAAAGCCUGGGAAUCCUGGGUUACUUGGACAAAAGGGAGAAGCAGGCCAAAAAGGAGAACCAGGAAAUGUAGGCCUAACUGUAAGUGAAAAGGGAAAUAAAGGAGAAAUAGGAAACCAAGGCCCACCAGGACCUCAGGGACCUCCUUGCACAGAUUUAGAAAUGAAGGAUUUCGAAAGGCUAUUUGAAUCUUAUGGCAUUAAGCUGUCUCUACUGAAGGAACUGACUGAUCAUAUUAUACAAAAUGGAUUAGCUGAUGUAAUUCAGCAACUAACAAAUUCCAAGAAAGACCGAACUUCUAAGAAGAAGCAAGUUUAUAAACAGUCACCAGAAUUCACUGAUGCCUUAAAACAAGAUCAUAUUAAUGAGGCAGAAAAAAACCAUGAGGAAGAAGAAGAUCCAAGCUUGCAGGCUGAGAUAAUACCUACAGUGGGGGUGACUGAGUCCCAUACUCUAACUCAGGACUUAAAAGAAGGCAAUAAAGAACAAAAGAAAAAGAAGAAAACACAUGUAGAGGCUGUUCCUAUUAACAUUUACACAAAUGUGAUCACUGAGGAACAGGAGGAAAUCAGCCAAGACCAGAGCCACCAUUUAACAACCAAUACUACUUUUUUGCCAACUCAGCAAUCAAUAGAUUUGGAAGGAUCUGAUGCAAAUGCUGAUAGAGUUGUCCAAGCACAGAUUGACAAACAUCAGAGGAAGCAAGAGAAAGAGGUUAGAAAGGAAAGGAAAAAAAAUCGCCUUGAAACUACAGCUACUGAAACAGAAAUGAAGAACCUUGUUUUGGAGGAAAUUACAGCAGUGACUGCUUAUAAAGAAGAAAAUUCACAAUCUGCCACCACCCUGCCUGCAAUAAUUAAUGCAAAGAGGUUAACAUCUGACUUGAUAGAGGAGACAGACACAAUCGUUCAGCCCACAUCUGAUACUACUAUACUAGUCGAAAAGCAUCAGGAAAAGGCAGUGAAAGAGAGCAAGAAGGACCAGAAAAAGAAAAUGCGUACUGAUCAUAAAGUCAAAGAACUCAAAAUACAGGGAACUGCACAACAAGAGUUAAAUCAGAUACUUUCUGAGAGAACAAGCAGGGAUCCCCACAGUGUUGAUUCAAAUGCAGCAGCAAGCACUGAGCAUAGUUUGGAGAAUCAGCAGGUCACCGGAAAUAUAUCCUUCAGGGUCAGCCUAAAAGACAAUGACUUGACAAUGAUUGAUGAGACGUCUUGGAAUGUCACAGUAGUUGAAACUGAUAAAGCAGAUCAAACUGCAUCACAGGAGGAUGAAGAAUACUUGGAGGUGCCAGAAACUGAGCAGACCAUCACCAGUUCCAUUAACUCAUCAGAACAUAUGGUACACAAUAGAAUCAGGAGGAUGGCAAAAGAUUUAGAAAGGAUAUUCGCCCCAGAGAAACUAAGAAGACAAAGGAGAACAAAGGAAGGAAAGGGGCGUUCAGGAUCUCAAAGAGACAAAGGACAAAAGGGUGAACCGGGGGAGGCUGGUGAGGCUGGGAUUCCUGGUCUGAAGGGUGAAAAGGGAGAUAUUGGAGAACAGGGACAAAAGGGGGAACCUGGUGUUGGACACCGUGGGCCAAUUGGACAGGCUGGACCACCAGGUGUUAAGGGUGAGCCAGGAGAGACGGGACCCCCAGGAGCUCAAGGAAUUCAAGGUAUCCAAGGCAACCCAGGCAUCUCAGGAUUCCAAGGUGAAAGAGGAGAAACAGGAUUUUCAGGGCCUCCUGGACCACCUGGAGAGAGAGGCAAGAAGGGAAAAAAUGGAAAUGCUGGUCAACCUGGGCCCCAUGGAUCAACAGGAAAACAGGGGAAACCAGGACUUCAAGGUAGUAAGGGAGAAAAGGGUGAAGCUGUGGUUGGUGAACCUGGUCCUCGUGGGCCUCGCGGGCUUCCUGGCUUUAGGGGAGAAAAUGGGAUCCCAGGCUUACCUGGACCUGCGGGAAUUGUAGGUUUAAAGGGAUUCCCAGGAAUAAAGGGUGAACGAGGUGAUCGGGGGAUUUUUGGGAUUAAGGGAGAAAAGGGUGAAUCCACAACUCUCUUUGGCUCUCAAGGGUAUAAAGGAAACAAAGGAGAUCCGGGUGACAGAGGCUACCCAGGCUUUGAUGGAGACAAAGGCGAGAAAGGAGAAGAUGGACCUGCUGGGGAAAAAGGUGUGAAAGGUGAAGCUGGUUCCAAAGGAUCCAUGGGACUAUUUGGAGCUCGGGGUCCUGUUGGACAGAAGGGUGAGCCAGGGGAGCAUGGACUUCCAGGAAGAGCAGGAACAGCAGGACUUGAUGGAAAAAAUGGACUCAAAGGAACAAAAGGUGACCGGGGUCUACAAGGACAAAGGGGAAACCCGGGAGAGAAAGGUGAUUCUGGAUUGUCAGGAGAUCCUGGAAAGAAAGGAGAUAAGGGUCUGCGGGGAAUUCCAGGAAAAAUGGGAGAGCCUGGGACAGAAGGUGAAAAAGGUGACCCUGGGGCUCAAGGAAAUCCCGGUACAGGAUCAGAAGGUCCUUCUGGACCUAAGGGUGAGAAAGGUGAUAAAGGUGAAGAUGGACCCCCUGGAAUUGCUGGAGAUAAAGGAUUUAAGGGUACUGAUGGAGUGCGUGGACUGAAUGGCUUUAGGGGACCAAUAGGCCAUCCAGGAAAAGAUGGCCCUCCAGGUCCUACUGGACCUUCAGGACAGAAAGGAGAGCCAGGGCCAAAGGGUGAAAGAGGAAAAAGGGGAAAAUCCUUGCAGUGUCCAAGAGGAACCCCAGGGGAUCCAGGAAACAAAGGAGAAACGGGAGUGGAGGGGCCUGAAGGUCUCAGAGGGGACAAGGGAGAUCCAGGGCUCACAGAGGAAGAAGUGAAAGAUUUGGUCAGAAAAGAAAUGAGCGACAAAUGUGCUUGUGCAGGAAAGGAUUUUCAUCUAGUAAUUAAAUCAUCACUCCCAGAUGAAGAGUAUGAAGAUCCUGACCUAAAUGAAAGUCCAGUGACUGCUCCACCACAGGAUAUUGUGACUGAAAAUGAUGUAGUAGUAGAAGCGUAUGGAAAUGUAACACUUAAUAGCACUUUAACUCCAGAUACGGAAGUGCAACAAAACGACACAGACGGAAGUGAUAAGGAGCUAAUGGGACAAUUGCAGAGAAGAAAACGUGAAGCAGAAAAUCUGUUUCGUAAUCCCUGUUUGCUUCCAAUGGAUGAAGGAUUCUGCUCCGAUUACACCUUGGUUUGGUAUUACCACCGCAAAACAGACGUAUGCCGGCCUUUUUUAUUUGGUGGUUGUGGGGGAAAUAUCAAUCGCUUUAAAACAAAAGACAGAUGUGAGCAGAGGUGUAAAACUCGAUCAGUAUCAUCCCGAGGGAGGUGAUCGUGUUCUGAGAUAAUACAUUCAUCAACAAUCAAGAAUAGAAAUUAAGUAUAUUUUCACAUUUCAAGGAAAGGCUGCCAACUCGUGUGAUCCCGGGGACAGCUGCAAUAUGGAGGAAGACGGCAGAUUUCCAUUGGAAUUAUUUUGAUGGACAUUAUAAAGAAAAAAAAAACUGACAUAUGAAAGCAGAAAUGUUACUGCAGCUUGAAGCCUUACAGCCUAUAACCACCAUACCAAGGACAUUAUUAUUAUUUGUAUUAUUUUGAAGUAUUUUUUUCCUUGCUUGAAAUAACCUUUGUUAGUUACCAGUAUUUACCUUACUAGCUGCCAUCCCACUCAUUUUGUUAGCUAAAAUAGCAGCUAGCUAAAAGAAAUGCUCUUAAGGUAUCCUUGGAGCAUUCAAAAAUGCUGUGUGAGUAUUCUAUCCAAUGUCAGACAUGGAUACUGGUGACCCACACCCCAUUGACCAAAGCCCCAUCACCACAAUAUUUCUCCUGCACUUUUCUCUUCCUAUUACUCUUGCUAUUUUGUCUUUUGUAUUUUAUUUUGAGUUUGUUUCUCUUCUCUUUCUUACCUCCUUUUUUGCUUCAUUCUUGUUUUCUGUCACAUACUAUACUCUGCUAAUGAGAUGUUCUCUCCUUUCAGUUUCAUCCCCUCCCACCCCGCUCCUUCUUGCCUAUAUUUGUCUUUCUUUCACUUUUCCUUCUAUACCCAUGCACUAUCCUUCCCUACAAUUUAUAUUGCACGAUUUCCCAUAACAGACUUGCAGCUUUUGGACCCAGAAUGUUUAUCCUUAAAAUUCUUCCUGUUCUCUCCAAUAUAUUUGCAGUCCCUAUGGGAAUAAUGCAAAGCACUAGUCAGGGGCUCUACAUACAGAUUAUGGGGCCUGAAUCUGUUUAUCGCCAUUCGAUAUAUGAUUUUGCAUAUUUAGUAGAUUUGUUAAUUUGGUUACAUGUUCAUUUUGCAUAUGUUGCAUUAAUGAAAUAUUGUGUUACUGUUUACAAAUGGAUAUAAAAUUCCAACAUAUAGUG